AAAAUAUAAUUUACUUUGUAUCCACCACGAGAGGUACAGGUACGCCAGUUUGAAAACCACUGGUAUUAAACGCGAUUAAAAUCAGGUAGCCUUGCGUCAAGACUUUCAUUUCUCCCAUCGACCUGACGGUUUACGCGACCUUGACAAUGUCGGGCACUGUCGGUUAUCUCGUCUGCGUUGUUGCGUCCUUACUUCUAGUGACACAGAUUUACCACUCAGGUAAGCCUGGAAUCAAAUUGUAUUGCUUCAUUCAAAUUGUUAGACAAAUGUUUAACUUUUCACGCAAACCCUAGAUCGCAUAUUAACCUGUUUCAAUGCAACGACACGUGAUUACUGAGCUGGUAAGCUUGAGAUGUUUCUAACCACAACAUAUCUGUUUUUUAAGUUAGAUUACCCUUUGUGUACUGCAAGUGUUUUUCUUUUGAUUGUACUGUCGUUUAAACUGUCUGGAGUCUAGAAGUUGAUCUGACUUGAUACUAUUUGACUGUUGUUUGCUGGAAACGUGUGUGGUCGUCACGGGACAACAAUGUUCUGUCGAUGCACUGUGCAAACACGAUUUGUGUACGGGUUACGCCCUCUCCGUUGAACCUGAUGACAAUGCGCCACUAGGGUUGGUGUCACACUCUUCAGACUUACCCAUUAAUUUCCCUUGUAGCAAUCUGCGCUGAUGGCACCCUGCUCUGGUGGCACCCUGCUCCGGUGGCACCCUGCUCUGGUAGAAAUCUGCUCUGAUGGCACCCUGCUCUAGUGGCACCCUGCUCUGAUGGCACCCUGCUCUGGUGGCACCCUGCUCUGGUAUCAAUCAGCUCUAAUGGCACCUUGCUCUGGUAGCAAUUUGUUCUGAUGGCACCGGCCUCUGUUAGCAAUCUGCUCUUACGGUACCCUGCUCUGGUGGCACCCUGCUCUGAUGGCACCCUGCUCUGGUGGCACCCUGCUCUGAUAUCAAUCAGCUCUAACGGCACCUUGCUCUGGUAGCAAUUUGUUCUGAUGGCACCGGCCUCUGUUAGCAAUCUGCUCUUACGGUACCCUGCUCUGUUAGGAAUCUGCUCCGAUGGCACCCUGCUCUUAUAUUUCACUCUGUGUGAUUAUGAAACCGUCUUGAAUCAAUUCUGUUAAAUUUGCAAUUUUCAGUUUGGUGUGUACCGUUCGGAGGGAUGUCCCGCGGUGCAGUCCACACCACCCACAUACCUCACAUACCCCCUUGAUCCCCACCCCCAGUGAUGAUCCUGCUGGACAUUGAAGGUUUUCAUUUAAUAAAAAGGACUUCCGUUUUUUUUUUUUUUUAAUCUGAUCUCACACGUAUCCCCAGAGUUGUUUACCUUGUGAAGCUUCCGGAAAGGGGGGUUACUCUGUUGUCUCACGUGAAAUCCUUAGCUGCUACAGAGUAUUACUAUUAUUAAUAAGAUUUAUUGGUCAACCACUUAAGAAGCUUAGUGUGAAAUCGUCAAAUUUAAUUCCCACAGUUACUAAAACUUAUUUUCUCCCUUAAGGUGCUCAGAAUUAGUUCCUAGUAUUAAUUUCUUAUGUUACAAUAACUCAUGUUGUUACAUCGUAACAGAUGCUCAGAAUUAGUUCUUAGGAUUAAUUUCUUAUGCUACAAUAACUAAUGUUGUUACAUCGUAACAGAUGCUCAGAACUCCCAGGUAACGUUCACCACCUCGACCAACGUCAUUGAGACGGGCGUGACGCCAUCCCUGACCUUGAACUGCAGCUUCCCCCCACAAUCCCCUGUUGGCUACCGCGUCAUCUCCAUGAGCAUCCGGCGAGUGGGCGAGAACUCACCCCUUACUCAGAUAGCGACGGUGGACGCCUACGGCCACUUCACGGCGCUAAGCGGCAUCAACUACACCGUGCUGAACGGCCACGUCAACUCGACCCAAGGGUCUUAUAUCAGGUUGGGGUGGCUGCACCCCGGCACAUCCAUGGCUGGCACGUACAUCUGUUCGGCUAACGUCAUAGACCAAUUGAACAACAUCUACCUAUUCCAGCUCAACAAGACGGUGACCACAGCUACUACAACUACAAAUACGGGCACUACAACAGCUGCGGGGGUCUCAGAUUUGAUGCAGCGAAUCGCUGAACUGGAGACGGCGUUGAACAGUUUGAAAAUUGUUGCAGCCGAUCAACUGAAACUCUUGGAAUCGACACUGGCCCAGAAAACUGCCAAAGCCAAUAAUUUAGAGGCCGCUCUUUUCAAGAAAUCCGCCUACAACGGCCACCAGUAUUACCUAUCCCUGUACGAGCCUCAUUCAGCAGCCGACGCCGAAAUGGCGUGUGAGUCUCUGGACGGAUACCUGGCAGAGGUGGACACCCAAGAAGAGUUUUCGUUUCUGAAAAGUUUUAUAGGAACCCCCAUAGCGGACAGCAUCGAGUUUUUGCUCGGCGGGACAGACGAGCGACAGGAAGGUCACUGGAUCAACCGCCACAGCGGGGGCGUCCUGGGCUACGUGGAGUGGAGCAGCGGCGAGCCGAGCAACAGCGAGCACAACGGCAUCAGAGAAAACUGUCAGACCGUCGCCCUGCUCCACGCGGCCCUGAAGAUGAGCGACAGCCUGUGCUUUAAACCCACGCCGUUAGGGGGAUGGUAUUUUAUUUGUGAAUCGCCGGUUGUAGCCUGAGGAAUGCGUGAUUUACUGUCAACUCUUAGACUAACAAAAACUGCACGGUGGGAGAGUCCUUUUUUUGUUAGUCUCAUCGUCUGGACAACCCUGGGAGAUGGUGUAACUCCUAUGACUGACAAAAGUCACUGACGGAAGAGUUUGGGAGACAUAGAAAACUGUAAUACAAAUUACUAUUUGGUUCACUAAAGUUAACGUGUAAAAAAUGAAAUACGCUGGUAAUUUAUUUAUUUAUAUAUUUUGUUUAAAUGUAAAAAAAAGCCCUCUAAAUAAAUGCUGUUUUGAUGGUAUUUUUUCAACAACUAAUUGUCAUAAGAUACAAAUAAUAUUUGAAAUCGGUUACGUAGAUGUGUCUUAAUGGCUGUGACGAUUCAUAAGAAAACUUCCAAUAAACUCCUCAAACUGCAGGAUUUUAUUUGUAGGUAAAAAUUUGUAUAAACUAAUGUGAACUCGUCGGUGAGAUUACAGAAGUUGAGACAAGUUGAUAACUCGAAUUUCACGUCAUUGGCGACACUGACAAUAUGUGGGUAACUGUUAUUUUAUCGUCGUAAAUGUGGAUGCGCUAAUGAGACUAAUUAUUAAGAUAAGACAAGUCAAGAGAAGAUAAAAUAAGACAAG